AUGUUUGACCAUCAAGCGCCGUGGAUUAUGGUUGGCGAGGCAUCCGAAACCGUGUCCAUUCUGGAACGGGAGUGCUUGGCUCAGGAUCAUGCUGGCUCAGUUCGCAUAGCCGACGCCGAAAGCAAAGCAGCAGAGAUCAAGCUGCAGAAGAACUCGUUGAUCCGGGCUCUUCCGGCUGAGAGAGAACGACACUUACUCCAACUUUCUCAGCGCCGACGGGACUUGGAGCUCGAGGUUCACACGCAAGUUCACGAUGCUGAGCAGAGAGCGCUGUCAGAGGAGCAAAGUCUCGAGAUGGUGCAAAAAGCAUUGUCUGAUGCCAAAGCACUACACUCCAUGAUGCAGCGCCAGGCAGGCAGUUGUUACUUAGCCGGCAGAGCUUCGUUUGAGUCUAGGCUCGCCAUGGCUUGUCCCACUCCAACGCUGCAGUCCCUUUACAGCACCGGACCUGCAGCUAUGUACACAGCUCCAGCCUCCUGCCGGACACUGCACAAUCGGCAGUUUGUUCAGCAGGUUGCUCACCCAUGGUACGCACAGUACCACGCGCAAAGGACAGCAGUGCAUGCGGUCCGCCAAGCCCAGCCGUCCGCAAUUCCAGUUUCGGGACCGGUGCCAAUGUGCCCGGCCACCCACAACACCAGUGUCAAACCCAUCAUGAUGCCGAACUCCAUGAAGAGCGAAAAUUCUGGUGGUUCUGCAGCUGCUAUAUUGGACACGAGCUUCUCGGUUGCUUCGACAAUGACGCGAACACCGCUUUCUCCAGUUUCCUCGAACUGUAUGGAGGUCGACUCGGUGACAACGCUUCCAAGGUCUCCACCGCCAGUUCCUGCCUGCAUUCCUCAUACGGCUUUGGGAACUGAAGCCGCCGAAGGCAAGCACAUGCAAGCAUCGACCACUACGCAUAGGUGGAAGUUGCUGACCGGUGUCACGGACGUCAAACCGGAGUUGUAUCCGCUCGCUUCACUUGGGCUUCGGGAUGGAGCAGUUCCAGGACCCUGGGAUGUGUACGACGGCCUGCACCUGACCCCCAUCAACGAGCGCCCGUUUCAGGCCCUUGCUGAUAUCGCACGUCAAGCUCAGAAGAACCUGGUUGACCGCCUUCGAGGUGAUUGUUGCAUUGGUGUCCUCGUUGCAGAGUUCUCCGCUCAUGCCAAAGACCUGAGCUGGCAACUUGAGCAGCGAGUGCGCGAGGCAGAGCAUUCUGGAAGCUUCUUGGCUGACAGAGUCCGAUCUGACGGAGACUGUCGAAAGCAGGCUGCAGAGGAGAGCUUGGCCAGCAAAGUAAGUAUGCCGGACCUGCAAUUCACCAGUGACCAGGUGGCUGAGGUGCUCGGCCGACUGACAGCAGUUGCUGCCGAGCGGGAAGAAGCUUUGAAGGAGCUUCAGGACUUGAGCGGCUUCGAGUUCGGGCUGCGGAGUGCUGCGGCUGAGGCCAGUUCUGAUCGUGAGUGGAGCGAGAGGAAAGGCGACGACGAGCUCCAGAGUGUCCGUGGGAGGCUCGUCGUCCAGGGAGGCACCAGCUGUGCAACUAUCGCCAUUGCAGAGCUGGGAGGACGACUCAUCGUAGCUGUACCAUCGGAAAGAUGGAAUCUCGAUACCACCGCACUCGGCAAGGCCAUCGGGGUAGACGUGGUGGCCAGCCGGCCCGUGAGCAUGUCCGAAGCAGUGCCUGGGAUCACGCUGCGUGUCUGGGUCGGAGUUUUCAGCAUGGAGAUGGAAGCAGUCAUCGACUACGAGACCGACUACGCCUGGGUGAAAGUCGCUGACGACCAGUACGCCUUCACGCAUGGUGGGGACGGCAUCUUCAAGCGCGCGUCGGCGGUCGAGGCGGGCCUAUCGGAGCUGAAGGAUAUGAUCCGGGACAUGAGCAGGGAGAAGGAAAAGAUGCCAUUGUUCGGCUUGGAUCCGGGGACGGUAGCUGCAUCUCGGGCCGCGGGCGUGGACCAGGGAUCGCUGCUCGAGAUGGGAAAGCUCCUUGAGGCGAAACGCAAUCGGACACUCGAGGAGCCAGGUUCGCAAAAGCAGAAGACCGAGCUGGACUCCAUCCUCGGGCAUCUGGGUCAGGAGAGACUCAAUACCUGGGUUCGGGAAGGAAGUAUGCAGCAGCCUUGA